UCAAAAUGGCAAAUACCAUCUAUUAUUUUCUGGUUCUUGGCUUGGUGCAAAUCCAGUUGAUUACAAGUCAGAAUAGAUUUUGUCAAGAAGCCGUCAGCAGUAUACAAAGGGUGGCAGCCUGUCCAACUACAAAAACAGAAUGGAAAAGGGCCGCUCUUAAAAAGAACUGUAGCGAAUUAGCGUUACGUCAAAAUUGCGUGCCUGUCAACAAAUUUAAAUAUCACUGUGUAAUCAACGGACUCAGAAAUAAACUUGUGGAAGUGUGCGCACCUGAACGAAUAAUUUUUGGACAUUGUGUAGAAUUCAAUUAUCGUGGUGGAGUUAUUCAAGACCAGAAAUCAGCUCUCUGCAACAGAAUGUUUCCUAAGUGUGACAGAUAUUAUUACUCGACAGAUGCCUAUAAAUACCCUGAUUGCUAUAUGCUUGUUUCGAAGGACGAGGCUAUAUGGUUAACAACAAAAGACACAUCCCCAAAACUAACAACUAUGAGAACAAUAACAGUUGAAUCCUUGUCUUCAUCAACAAUUAUUGCUAUAGCAGUAACUUUGAUAGUUGGUUUCAUAGCCGCACUUGUUUUCUUCUUUUGGAUAAUCAGAAAGAGACGAAUGAGAAGUGGAAUGAGAGUGGACGAAAGCAAAGAAGCAAUGUUAAAAGAUAUCAACAUCAAACAUGAUAAUGCAGAUGACGAAGAAAUGGUUGACAAGGAAGAUGACGAAAAAAUGGUUGACAAGGAAGAUGACGAAAAAAUGGUUGACAAGGAAGAUGACGAAGAAAUGGUUGAAAAGGAAGAUGAACUCAAAAUACUGAUGGAUUCUAGUGACCUUCAGAGAAUUUCAUAUCUCAUACGAAGAUUCUCUGUUAAUGAAAGUUCAACUUGCAAAACACGAGAAUUGGUGAACCAAGGACUCAGAAGAUAUUAUUCUGCUGGGUUUUAGAAGAACUGUCAGUCAAGAGAGAAAGAAAGAAAGAAAGAAAAAGAUAGGGAGAUAGAGAAAGAGAGAAGGGAGAGAAAAUAUUGCAAUGCUGAUAUCUUUCAUGUUCGUAUUGUAUGAGGUAAACCAGCACACCAGGGACGCGUUUCUGAUAAAGGCCUACGUGCAGGCGUAAGCUUAGUCCGGACUAAAUCAGUGACUAAAUCUCAAAACACAAAAAGGUGGUUUAAAUCUACGCCUGUUAAUGCGUAGGCGUAAGUCCUUAGUCUGUACACAAAAAUUGCACGUGUUUUUAUUUCUAUGGCAAAAUAAACAGGGAAUUUCAAUUCUGGAUUUGUUUUUCGUGUUAUUUUGGACGACAUUCACAUUGAUUGAAAUAUUUGUAUUUGUAAUAUUUGUAUUUGGAAUAUUUGUAGUUGAAAUGUUUGUAGUUGAAAUAUUUGUACUUGUAUAACUUUAUAAAAAUGUACAUAUUGUUCGGUUAUUGUUAAUUCUUAAUAAAUUAAGAUUA